AUGUCUCCUCCAGCCGCUACUUACAACAUCCUCGUUGCUGCAUCCAAUGGCAACGGUCAUGAUGAUGGCCUGGCCGUCAAGAAGGAUCUUGCUGUCAGGGCUGCGGUCAAUGGACAAGCCAAGACACUCGCCGAGAUGGAAAACAAUUGGGAGGCGUUUACCUUUGCACCUAUCCGCGAGUCCCAGGUGUCGCGUGCCAUGACGAAGCGUUACUUCAAUGACCUCGACACGUACGCUGAGUCUGACAUCGUCAUCGUUGGGGCGGGUUCAUGUGGUCUUUCGGCUGCAUUCACCCUCGCCUCCAAGCGCCCUGACCUCAAGAUCGCCAUCAUUGAGGCAGGUGUCGCUCCUGGCGGCGGUGCUUGGCUCGGUGGCCAGCUCUUCAGCGCAAUGGUGAUGAGGAAGCCUGCUCAGCUGUUCCUGAACGAGCUCGGGGUGCCAUAUGAAGACGAAGGCGACUUUGUUGUCGUGAAGCACGCUGCGCUGUUCACCUCGACCUUGCUAUCAAAGGUCCUGCAGUUCCCCAACGUCAAGCUGUUCAACGCUACUGCUGUGGAAGAUCUCAUCACUCGCCCAGCUCCUACGGCGACUGACCCCAACGCUGUACGCAUCGCUGGUGUAGUCACCAACUGGACCCUUGUCUCCAUGCAUCACGACGACCAGUCUUGUAUGGACCCCAACACUAUCAACGCACCCCUCAUCAUCUCGACGACGGGCCACGAUGGCCCCUUCGGAGCCUUCUCCGUUAAGCGCCUGGUGAGCAUGCAGCAAAUUGAGAAGCUGGGCGGCAUGCGCGGUCUUGACAUGCGUACUGCAGAGGACGCGAUUGUGAAGCGCACGCGUGAGAUUGUGCCUGGCUUGAUUGUAGGAGGUAUGGAGUUGAGCGAGGUCGAUGGGGCCAACCGCAUGGGCCCGACGUUUGGGGCCAUGGUGUUGAGUGGCGUCAAGGCUGCUGAGGAGGCAGUUGGUGUUUGGGACGAGAGAAACGCACAGAAUGGGGAGUAA